UCAUAAAAUAAAUUAUAUAUUGAUACAUAUAAAAUUAUUAUGAAGUCCUCAAUUUUAAUGUUGCAAUGGAUCAAUUCACGCAUUUAAUUAUUACUACAAUAAAGUAGUAGGUAUAUAACACGUAUUACGUUUAAUUUUAUCUCUUCUGACUUUGGAUAUUUGUCCGGUUAUCGUGAAACGCUCGUUCAGCGAUGACAAUUUUAUUUAUCGGGUAUGUGAGUCCACCACGUUUGGCCGAGAAGCCCGUUCUCCACGUUGCUCGCAUUUUAUCAUGUUCGCAGAUAAACAAAACGUUUGUAUUUCAAAUAUUCCGUUUUUUUAUUCUUGACGGAACAAACGAUAUCAAUACUAUUGCAACCCGACGAUCCAUGCGUAAAACAUCGAAUAGGUUAGGAGAGGGUAAUAUAAAUAAUUCAUAUGCAGCGAUUAAUCUACAUUGUGAUCACUGACUAUUACAAUUGCAUUUCAAUUAUACGACAUUCAACCGACUACAAAGUAAGUCUAUGUGUCAUUCUGUGCAUGUGUUCUAAAGGUGUCAAGAGAAAAUUAAAAUAAUCCAUCCUUUCCAUUAUCGACGUUUGAUCUUGUUGAAAAUUCUAUAAUUGUAAAGUUGACGGAUGCUGGCUUUUUAAUUUCGUGUUCAUUAUGUCAACAAUAAUAGUGACCUAUGAAGAUUCCGCUCAGAUUAUUGCAUUUAACCGUCCAAAAAGAUUAAAUGCCAUUUCAUUUCAAUGUUAUAAAGAAGUAAUCAAAGCUCUCCAGGAAGGAGCUGCAAAUGAAUCGGUUUUGUUUACCAUAUUUACUGGUAUUGGUAGAACAUACAGUAGCGGCACUGACUUGUUUGAUGAAUCAGAUGUAGGUUUUGAAGAACGGUUAAGUGCUACUCGAGAUUUUGUAAGAGCAUUCAUAGAUUAUCCUAAGUUGUUGGUAGCACUAGUGAAUGGACCAGCAAUUGGAAUCGCUUGUACAACAUUGGGACUUUGUGAUCUCGUAUAUGCAACAAAAACAGCAACAUUCUCAUGUCCUUUUCAUAAAUUGGGUCUUACUGCUGAAGGAUGUUCAACCAUUACAUUUCCAUUAAUAAUGGGCAAAAUGAGGGCUGCUGAAUUUCUAUAUUCAGGUGAAACAUUAUCUGCCAUUAGAGCAAAAGAUUUUGGUUUAGUCAAUGCAUUAGUUGAUGAUGGAAUUUCUGGAAGGGAUCAAUUAAUUAAAAAAAUCAAAACUACAAUAGUUGUAUAUAAAAAACCUUUAAUGUGCACCAAAUCUAUGAUGUUUAAUGGUAUAAUUACUAAAGAUGAUCUACACAAAGCCAAUGAUAGAGAACAUGAAACACUGAUAGAAAGGUUUUAUUCAGAAGAUUUCCAAAAUGCUGUUGCUAAUUAUUUGGAACAAAAAAUGUUAAAGAAUAAACUCUAAAAACAUAGUUUAAAUUAAGUAACUGAUACAUCACAAU